CACUUUGUGGGAUUAGGGGUCCUACAAAUUUGUCUUCUAAAGUAAAGAGGAAUGAAAGAACUUUGAAAUUCACUAUUCAGGAGAGGAAAAGAAGCACGAACCAAGUGAGAGAAAUGGCUCCAUUUUAACUCUCUUAGAAGGUCCUAGUGACUUUUCAGUUGCCUUUUGUAUGGCAUGGUAACUAUCGUAGCCAUACAUUAGCAUGAAUUAGAAUCAAACAUUCCAUCACACCACCAAUUUCCAGAGGAUUCAUUAGGAUACUGAAGAUACAAAUGCAUCUUCCAACGCUCCCUCUGUCAUGCCCAUGACUCUUGGUCACGUGGAAACCCCUGAGAUAGGUCACUGAGUAAAGGAAGAAGCCAGUUCUUGGCAGGAUUGACUGAACUGGCUAAAGAGCUCAUUCCCAAGGUGGAUGGUCAGCAGUCCAAAGUAAAAUGCCCAGUUGACUGCGGCUAAUAUCAGAAUUCUAGAAGAGCUGACCCAGUAGGGGAGUAGGUUUCAAGCACUGGCUAACGCUGUAAGUCAUGUGUGGGAGCCAGGGUAACGUUUCAGUGAGCAGUCCACUGACAGAAGUUCUGAAGGGUACAGGAAACAGGACCCAGCCCUCAGCAGGAGAGCGCUGGUGAGAGGUUUGAAUCUCUAGGGUCUGGUCAUGGUGUCAGUCCCAGAGGACAUCUAGUGUUCAAAGCGGGAAAUUCAGACAGAUGAUCACUGAGAUACAGAACAGAGGGUAGUAUAACAUAUAAUUGGUAGAACAUUCUAAUUUAUACAUUUAAUGACUUUUGGCAAACUCAGCAUGCUAAUGUAUUACCUGUCUCACCAUUCAUCAAUGAAACACUUUCUGAGCAUAGACUCUGUGCCAGGCAGACCGCUAGGUACUGGAGAUGCAAAACACAUAACCUGGUCCCAGGGAGCUUCUAGUCCAGCGGACUCACUAGACAGCCUUUCAUCUUCCUCCACACACAGCCAGAUUCCAGGCAUUAGGGAAGGAAGAGAGUAUCUGUCACACUGGAAACUUCAUCUUCUCAUGGGCUUAUUGUUUGUAUCCCAUUGUAUUCUUCUUUACUCCUUUCCUUUUCUUGGCUCCUUUUCUUCCUUUCAGAUAUUUCAUAUCCCCUAAUCUAUUUUUUUUUUUUUUUUUUUUGAGAUGGAGUCUCGCUCUGUCACCCAGGCUAGAGUGCAGUGGUGCGAUCUCGGCUCACUGCAACCUUCGCCUCCCAGGUUUAAGCUAUUCUUCUGCCUCAGCCUCCGGAGUAGCUGGGACUACAGACAUGCGCCACCUCACCCGGUGCAGGAUGAAACUCUUCCUGUCUGAAGUUACCUUAUCCAAAGCUCCUCCAGAAAGAACCCAGUGGACUUUGAUCACCUCCCUGAGAUUUGAUUAACCGGGGAAGAUUAAACUCAUGGCAGAAGUUCCAAGAAGGAGGGACCAGCUGCCCCUGAACCCCAGAACAACCAGCUGGAUCAAUUCUCACAGGAGCCACAGCACAGAGACUGGGAAACAUGGUUCCAAAACUGUUCACUUCCCAAAUUUGUCUGCUUCUUCUGUUGGGGCUUAUGGGUGUGGAGGGCUCACUCCAUGCCAAACCCCGACAGUUUACCUGGGCUCAGUGGUUUGAAAUCCAGCACAUCAAUAUGACCUCCCAGCAAUGCACCAAUGCAAUGCGGGUCAUUAACAAUUAUCAAUGGCGAUGCAAAAACCAAAAUACUUUUCUUCGUACCACUUUUGCUAAUGUAGUUAAUGUUUGUGGUAACCCAAAUAUGACAUGUCCUAGUAACAAAACUCGCAAAAAUUGUCAUCAAAGUGGAAGCCAGGUGCCUUUAAUCCACUGUAACCUCACAACUCCAAGUCCACAGAAUAUUUCAAACUGCGGGUAUGCGCAGACACCAGCAAACAUGUUCUAUAUAGUUGCAUGUGACAACAGAGAUCAACGACGGGACCCUCCACAGUAUCCAGUAGUUCCAGUUCACCUGGAUAGAAUCAUCUAAGCUCCUGUAUCAAUACUCCUCGUCAUCACUCAUCUGCCAAGCUCCUCAAUCAUAGCCAAGAUCCCAUCUCUCCAUGUAUCCUGGGUAUCAGCGUCUGUCCUCUUCAAUCUCCAUACCCCUUCAGCUUUCCUGAGCUGAAGUCCCUUGUGAAGCCUGCAAUAAACUGCUUUGCAAAUUCA